UGUCUGAACUGAUGACGAGUUGAAAAUGGCGGAUCUUUCGAAAUCCAACCGCGGCCUGAAAUACACACGCAGCGCGUUAAGUCACUUUAACUGGGCACAACUUAAAUAAGCUAACAUCAUAGUUUUUAUUUACUUAAAUGCCGCUUAAAGUGACUUAUAAAGAUAUUUCCAUGACAACAGAAUAUACAGGAAAGCGGGCGCGACGAGUAUCAACAAACUCCGUUUUAUGUGGAAACUGACAGACUGUCCUGUUAGCUUUUCACAGAAUUAACUGUUGAGGCUCUCCGACUAAACCCAAGAGCCCUUAUUUCUCAUGAAGGAAGACUGAAGAUAUUUUGUGUGGUCACUCUGUGUCAUUAACACUGUGUGUAUGAACCCGCAAUGACCAGGAACAUUUGCCAUUACUCGAUAGUUACAUUAUCUUCAUGCAAGAUGGAUGUGGUAUCACCUGAGCUCAACAGCCUCCCUGAUGAGAUCAUGGAUACAGAGGCCAUCGCUAUGGAAGAGGAACUCCCUGGUGAGCAUCUUGCUCCACCUCCUCAAUCCGAACCAGAGCCGGCUCAGGUUCCUAUGGAAACAGAGGUGCCUGAAAUCAUCAGCCUGAGUCCAACCACCACAUCAGGUAUGCAGAUAACCCCAACAUCCACUGAUGCUCAGAGCAGCACCAGCUCUGGAGCCCAACUCCUCGCUCCCUCUGGCCUCAUUACUGGCACCACCACCACCAGUGCUACAACAACCACCCUCGCAAAAAACACUAGCCCUGCGGUGACCCAGAGCCUUCCCAAAAUCUCUAGCGUUACUGUCCCAGCCAACCACCAACUCAUCAUCAACAAAGUGGCCAACUCCCCCGCUGUGGAUGGCAAGGGCCAGAAACUCCUGGUUGCUGGGGUCAGUAAAACAGGGCAGCCCAUUAUGUUUUCCCUGCCCCACUCUUGGAACAAGCCUGCCACCACCCAGGGCACAGGAGAUGGCAAGGUCCAGCCCACGCAGAUUAAAAUGGUGACCACUGUAGGGAAGCCUAUGAUAGGAGUACAGGCUGUGAGCUCGGCCAGUCAGCUGCUGGGCACCUCCACAUCACUGCAGGCCCAGCAGCUCAAGACUCUUCAGAUCACUAAGAAGCCUCCAGUGUCUACAGCUGGACCAAUGAUCACAAAGCUCAUCAUCACACAGGCCUUGAACAGUAAAGGACUCGCCAAUCCAGCUUCAGUGGCUCCUGUCAUGACCGGACGCGUUGUUACCCAGAGUACUCCAGGAACUCCUCCACGCACUAUUACCAUUGGUGAGACAGUCAGCACUGUGCCACAGAACGCGUCUGGCAACAGCAAAGUCGCCAUCUCACCUCUCAAGUCUCCCAGCAAGUUGACAGUUGUUUCAGUGGCCAGUCAGUCUCCAAACUCUCCACAGAAGUCUGUGACUCUGCCGCUCAAUGUGGCUCUGGGCCAGCAGAUCCUCGCCGUUCAACAGUCUGCUGCCACCUCUCCAGCCAAAGCAGGAUCCAGCCAGUCCACUGCACAGACUGUAAAGCCAGUGCAGACGGUUACGGUGGGAGGAGUGAGCACAUCUCAGUUUAAGACCAUCAUCCCCCUCGCCACACCACCUAAUGUACAGCAGAUCCAGGUGCCAGGCAGCCGCUUCCAUUACGUGCGUCUGGUAACAGCCACCACUGGCAGCAGCCAUGCGCAGACGGGUGCCGGCACCAACACCAACCCUUCCAUCCAACCAGCCAAGCCUGUGAUGAUAAACACUGCAGUAAGGAUGUCUGUACCUAUCGUCCCGGCACAGACUGUCAAACAGGUGAUACCCAAGCCCUUGACUUCAGCAGCCCAGGUGGUCACCACCACUCAGACUCCCCAGCGUCUCAUCAUGCCAGCCACACACCUGCCACAGAUCCAGCCCAACCUCACCAACCUGCCCCCGGGCACUGUGCUUACCCCAGCACAUGGUUCUGGAAACAUGGGAUAUGCUGUGUUGCCCGCCCCAUACGUUACACAGAUCUCCCAGCCUGCGUUUGUGACUUUGACCAGCAGUUCCACCUUCUCAACAGCUACACCUAUACAGACACAAGCCAGGCUUUCCCUCAAUGGUUUAUCAACGUCCGAAGCAACUUCAAGGCCAAGAAAACCUUGUAACUGCACACGGUCACAGUGUCUGAAAUUGUACUGUGAUUGUUUUGCUAAUGGGGAGUUCUGUAAUAACUGCAACUGUGUUAAUUGCUUCAACAACCUUGAUCAUGAGAGCGAGAGACUCAAGGCCAUCAAGGCAUGUUUAGACAGAAAUCCAGUGGCUUUCAAGCCUAAGAUCGGCAAAGGUAAAGAAGGCGAGUCAGACAGGAGACACAGCAAAGGCUGCAACUGUAAAAAAUCUGGCUGUCUGAAGAACUACUGUGAAUGUUAUGAGGCGAAGAUCAUGUGUUCGUCAAUCUGCAAAUGUAUGGGCUGCAAGAACUUUGAGGAGAGUCCUGAGAGGAAGACGUUGAUGCACCUGGCUGAUGCGGCAGAGGUGCGCGUCCAGCAGCAAACCGCAGCCAAAACCAAACUGUCCUCCCAGAUCUCAGAUCUGCUCACGAGAACCACACCAGCCAUUACCAGCGGAGGCGGAAAGUUGCCGUACACAUUCGUAACGAAGGAAGUGGUCGAGGCGACAUGUGACUGUUUGCUGGAGCAGGCCGAGCAGGCGGAGCUUGCCAACCAGCCUCAGGCCAUGGCAGAGCGCCUCAUUUUAGAGGAGUUCGGCCGCUGCCUCAGGAGAAUCAUCAGUUUCGCUGGCAAAUCCAAGACUGACUGCCCCAUCAACUGCUAGAGCUGAACCUGGCAAAGCCGUGACUGAGAGUCCUAGCAGGGAACGGUCCGGGGCCAAAGCCCUUUUGCUGAACUUGAGGGCCACUGUGGUCACUUUUACCGGCCCCUCAUAUGGAUACACGGGGCUAUCCAAUAAAGAGCGACAAACCAGAGCUUCCCAUUGGCCUCUGAAUACUGUUGGGCAUAUUUCAACCUGCGGACGCGUGAUAUUCAAAAGGGAGGACUGCUGUACUGCAGCCCCUGUGAGUGGGCUUGCACUGUUUGCUUUCCUGGAAGGGGUUUUAUUUUUAGAACUAACAAUCUGAACAAUUUUAAGGUAGAUUUAUUUUUGUUUUCCACUUUUAAAAUGCAUAAUCAUGGCAUUUGUUUGUCUUUUAAAACUGGAUUUUCAUAUUGUCGUUCUCUGUCCUCACAAAAAAACAUUUCUUACUGCUAAUAACCUCAGAAUAUGUUAAGAUACUAAACAAACUUCCCUGCACGUGUAAUUAGCUGUGAAAUCAUGACUUGUAUCACAGUAAGUAGCCUAUACUGUAGCUUCAUUGUAUUUAUUUACUUGCUGAAUAUUUCUGGCUACUCCAAAAGCUCUUUUUAGUGCUUGUAUUGAGUUCUCUUUUGGAAGACAUGGUUCAUCAUAACUGCACUGUUUGGUUUGUUUUCCAAGCAUGCAAAAGUAAGGCCAGGUUAAGUUUGGUUAUACUUGCAGGCCAAACAGGUAGAGGGCAGCACAAGAUAUAGACAGAGCUUGAAACUGCGAAGAGCUUCACUGUUGAUCUCUGUUCAGGUGUUCUGGGUUUAAAAGCUUAAGAGUCAAAUUACCUAAAGGAAAGAAGAUCCAUUUGAAUCUUACUGAAAUAACUGCUUUACCAAUGUAAAAAAAACACAAAAAAACGUAAUGAUCAAGUUAUCAUUUUGAAGGCUUGUGGUUAGAAUGCACUCUUAACAUUUGCAUCUUCACUAUCUUUGAUUCUCUCCGAUAAAAUAAGAAGAAUCCUGGUAAUUGUGGAAAUUGUCUAAUUUUUUUUUUUAGAUUUGUUUGGCUUUUUUGGGAGGGAGGGGGGUUCAGUCACUGAACUCGGUUAUUUGUUCCAAUUUAAAGAGAUAUUUCACCUGAAAAUGAAAAUCUGUUAUUCACUCACCCGCAUGUUUUCCCAAGCCUUUAUGACUUAACUGACUUUCUUUUCCCUAGUCACCAUUUACUUUAAUUGUUUGGGGGAAAAAAAGAUGCAUUUACAGUAAGAGAUGUUCACAGAAGAAAGUUAAGUAUUAUGGGUUUGGAACAACAUAAGGGUGAGUGAAUUUUUAUUUUUGGCUGAACUAACCCUUUAAGACAGUGAUAAUUUAAAGUAUAUUAUAAGGUGUAUCAGAGCUUAGUUGAUUGAUCCAGAUGUUUCCUUCCCUUACCCAGAGUUGGAUUAACUGUAAACUAGAGGUCAACUGAUGGUGGAUUUGGCCGAUACCAAUAACUAAGGUGAUGGGAAAGGCCAAUAACUGACGGGACUUAAGUAUAAACAAGUCCGAAACACACCAGGGACUCUUAUUUUGAAAUGAUGAAAAAACUGUCAGCAGCUAUCAACAGAUUUUUGCAGAUAACCGAUAGUUUCAAAAAGCAACUAUCGGCACCGAUUAUUAAACGGUAAAACCGAUAUAUCUGUCUACUUUUACCGUAAACUGUUUUACCUAUGCGUAAUGCUAAAACACUUGACAAAAACUUGACAAGUUCAUGUUACACCCCAGACUCAAAAGAAGAAGAAAAAAAACAUAUUUUGCAAUAUAUUUUUUUUUUCAUCGUGACAUUUUCAUAAAUGAAGCACAUUUUCGGUGAUGCAAAAAAAAAAAACAAACAAAAAAAAUCUCAUUAUUAUGGAAACCCUUAGAGGACAGGGAGGGAAUUAUUUUUCUGAAAUAGUAUUGAAUUCCCUUGCAAUUAUUUUGGGUUUAUUUUAAGUACCUUUUAUCGUACUCUUAUGAAAAUUAACAAUGGUUUUACUAGAGUAACUAUAUUUUAACCAUGAUAUUUAUGGUAAAACCAUAGUAAUAAUACAGGGAAACAAAAACUAUUGUUAAAAAAAAAAAAAUCAUAAUCAUUCUGCCAAAAAAAAAAGGUUACUACAGUAAAACGACUGAAUGAGGAUUUUUAUUACAAUAGUUUUGUAUUAUUACUACAGUUGUACAAUGAAAAUCAUGAUUAAAAUAUGGUUACUGUAGUAUUACCAUGGUAAAUUUUGUGUUUUUACUACAAAUACCCAACUAUUGUUACUGUAGUCAAAAAAAAAAAAAAAGCUAUUAUGAGGGAAUGCAAAACUAUUGAGAGGAAAUACAAACUAUUUCUGAAAAUAAAUUCCCUCGUAUGUACAUUUCGUAUUACUGUAAUGUGGAAAAACUAUAUAUUUGAAGUAUUUAAACAUGGUGGUAUUUGUUGUACUGCCUUUAUGUGGAUGCUUUAAUGUGGAUGAUUUAAAUAAUCUUUUUUUUUUUUUUUUUUUUUUUACUGUA